AUGAUAAACAAAAAUAUUGCAUUCGAUUUAAUACUUACCAAUCAUAAUCAAUUGCAACAACAACAACAACAACAACAACAAUCAGUAGUAAAUCACGGAAUAAUUGGCGAGAAACGUCGAUAUGAAAGUAUCGCAUCAAAAUUUCGUUUUGGCCGUGAAACACCAAAAUCACCAUCUUCACCGAUUGCUACCCGACUUCGUAGUUAUAAUAAUAGUGGUAAUGGUAAUGGUAAUGGUAAUGGUAAUGGUGACAGUCCACGUGAGACACUUGUUGCGGCACGUCGACAACCGGUUAAAGUGAUUAUUCACAAUCUCGGUGUUCGUCGAGCUUCUGCAACAACAGUCAACUAUUACAAUCAUCAACAGCAAUCAAAUAAAAUGGAUUCUGCCAAUGAAUUAGAUGCAUUGCCUACGCAUCCAUUGAAACGUGGUCGCAUGAUUAGUAGCGGUCGACCAUCGUUGGAUUUUGAGAAAAUGCGGGAGCGCUUAGUGGUAAGUAAUGUUUACGGUAUUGGAUCUCAAGAAUUUGUUGAUUCAGCGAUGGGUAAUAGUGAUAAAGACAUCGAGAAACGAAAACAGGAUUGGGCGCUAACAACUUUUACCUCAGGCGGACGUCGCUGUCCGCAGCACCAACAGGUGCGCUGCCAACAAACCGAUUGCACAUUCCGAUCCGUCGAUUAUGACGGUACACAAACGGGUGGUGGCGGUGGUUGUAGCGGUGGUAGUAGUGGUAGUAAUGGUGAUCAAUAA